AACCAUCCUUGCCACCCCACCUAUAGGGUGAUAGGCAUGAGGUGGUGAAUCUGGCUUAUAAAUUCAACUCAACUACACACAGUCAUCCACAUAAAUGUAUUUAUAGCUUUCCCUCCCUUCUUCACUUCACUUCACUUCAAAUCCCCUUUUUCUCUGCACAGAAAAAGCCUUUGAAGAAAGAGCCUUGAGAAAGUGAACCAAAUCCUUUCCUUUACUUUACACGCCUCCAUAUUUCCACAACCCCCUCUCUGUCCACAUUUAAAUACCGUCAGUUAAAGAAGAAAAAAAAAAAACCCACAUUUCCAUUCACUCAAACACCCUCUUAAACUCUCAGUCUCCAAACCAAACCAGAACAAAAACACAGCUUUCUUGAAAAAAAAAAACAACCUUUUUUUCAAGAUUUUCAACAUUUUGGCUCAAAUCUUUUCUGGGUUAUAAUCUUUCUUGUUAAAUCUAUAAUGGGUAGUGAAAAAGAUAAAAUUUUGAUGAAAUCUGAUGGCCCAAUCAUAGUGGGUGCUGGUCCUUCUGGUAUAGCAGUUGCAGCUUGUCUUAAAGAACAAGGGAUCCCUUCACUUGUUCUUGAAAGAAGUGACUGCAUUGCAUCUUUAUGGCAAUAUAAAACUUAUGAUAGGUUAAAGCUUCAUCUCCCUAAACAGUUUUGUGAGCUUCCAUUGUUUGGUUACCCUAAGAAUUUCCCAAAAUACCCUUCUAAAAAACAGUUUGUUUCCUACAUGGAAGCUUAUGCAAACCACUUUGACAUCAAGCCAAAGUUUAACCAGUCAGUGAGUAGUGCUGAGUUUGAUAGUAAAGAUGGUGUGUGGAAAGUGUGUACACAAGAUUUAGUUUAUGUUUCACGGUGGUUAGUGGUGGCUACCGGAGAGAAUGCGGAGGCGGUGGUGCCGGAGAUUCAAGGGAUUGAGAGGUUUGAAGGGGUGGUUAGGCAUACAAGUGAGUAUAAAAGUGGUUGUGAGUUUAGGGAGCAAAGGGUGUUGGUUGUUGGGUGUGGGAAUUCUGGUAUGGAAGUUAGUUUGGACCUUUGCCGUUACAAUGCAAGUCCUUUUAUGGUGGUUAGAAAUUCUGUUCAUGUUUUACCAAGAGAGAUGUUUGGGAUGACCACAUUUGGAAUAGCUAUGGCACUUCUCAAAUGGCUACCUCUAAGGGUGGUGGACAGAUUGAUCUUGUUUAUGGCCAACUUAACACUUGGAAACACCGAGAAACUCGGCCUACGCAGGCCAAAAACCGGGCCUCUUGAGCUCAAAAAUGCCACCGGAAAGACGCCGGUGCUAGACACCGGAGCUUUAUCUCUAAUCAAAUCCGGUAACAUCAAGGUGGUGGAGCAAGGAGUGAGAGAAAUCACUAGAAAUGGAGCCAAAUUUAUGGAUGGUCAACAAAUUGCAUUUGACUCCAUUGUAUUGGCAACAGGAUACAAGAGCAAUGUGCCAUUUUGGCUCAAGGGUAGUGAUUUUUUUACUGAGCAUGGAAUGCCGAAAACGCCUUUUCCAAAUGGAUGGAAAGGGGAGAACGGGUUGUUUACGGUCGGGUUUACUCGAAGAGGUCUUCUUGGAACGACAUGUGAUGCACUUAAAAUUGCUAACGAAGUUACCCGUCAAUGGCGGCCAGUGAAGUGUGAUUCUAGUCACGAGUUUAGGUCAAACUAAAGUAGUGAUAUUGGAAUAAAAAUGAAAACAAAAGGUGGGAUAAAUAGUGUUUUUAUUUUUAUUUAGAUGUUGUAGGGGUAUUGUGGUACUUUACUAAGGGGUUUAUUUUAUUGUUCAAAUGUUUACCAAA